ACGCGCCAGCUUUCCCACCGAACGGCGCAGACUGGCCACCCGGAUCCAACCAUCCGCACACCAUGGCACCGGUCACAUGUGAUCGGCCUCGCGUGCAUCGUCGUGUGCUGCUGGUGGCUGUGCUGGGAUCGCUGCUCCGCGGUCUUUCCUUCACCUUUUGGUCAUCGGCGCUUGAAGGCACUCGGGCUGGACCGGCAUCGGCGAUCGCACGACGGGCCAGCAAGGAGGAGUCGCAAGUCCUCAAGCUUUGUGAUGAAUACCCGCUGAACGAUGCGGAUAUUGAUGAUCAAGAGGAGAUGAUGACGGCGGUGAAGAAGCUUCCCGAGGCUCCGGACGACUGCUAUCAGCUCUUUUUGGGCGACUGGAAGGUCGAAUGGAGCUCCAUGGGGGGCAAGGCGGCCAAGAAGAAACCGGACCCCAAUGGGCCACCACAGAGAUUGAAUUUUGUCUCCUUCAUGGCGUUGCCACCUGUGGAUGUGGAGUUCACCGGUUCAUUCAACCGCGUCAGCGGCGAUGGUGAAGGGGGAACCUAUCAGCUGCUUCAGACGUUUACCAUACCCGACAACGACGGGGUCGAAGCGGCCAUGGUCUUGGAGGGCGAAUGGAGACCUGUUGACGACCGAGCCAGACCGAGCCGAGCCUGGAGGACCGGCACGGGUUCAUCGAGUGGUCCAUGGGGUGAAGGCGCUCCACGCAAGCGCGUACCAACGGAAUUUAAGACGGUCCGACUGGUGCCCUCCGCCAGCGACACCGAGAAGAGCAAAGAGAUGCUUGAGAAGGCUGGCCUAGGGAAGUUCUUCGAGCGGACGCCUGUGAAGGCUCGAGCCACCUACAUCGAUCUCAAGCAGAUCAGUGACGAGAUGAGAACUCAUCAGGGCGAAUCCGGCGCGUGGUACAUCCUGACGAAGAUGGACGAUGGAUCGAUCCCGUUCCUUCUCGACUGAGGGGGCCCACGUCUUCGCUCGCUGACCACCGACCCUGCGGGGCCCCGCAGGGGCGCGUGGGUGAAGUGGUCUAUUUGUUCGACCUAAUGUGACACAUGCCCUUCUUUAGACCUGCAUCCUGGACGAAGCAGCGGAUUGGACCUGUCCUUUAAGCCGCCGGAACGUGAUAGAAUAUACGAUGAAUAGCACCUUUACAUAUAUAGUCUCGC